GCAGCCAUGUUUUAGCUAAGCCUAAAUAGAAAGUAUUUUGUUAAAUAUUGAUAUGUCCGACCAAAAUGACAACGUUUACUAUAUUCUUCUUGCUGAUAAAAUAGGAAAGAAGAAAGAGAGAGGAAUACUACGAACGACAUCUUCAAAAGUUGACGUGUUACCCGGAACUCUCUUGCUGUUGGUGGAGGAGCGCUACGAUAAACAGAGAACCACCCUCUCGUGGAUAUUAGAAACACUUGAACCAGAGAACAUUGAAAUUGAAUGUCAGCCCACGGACACUGGUCAGCUAACUAAAAUAGAAUUUGCCUUACUACAGCCCAUCCCUGUCUGUCAAGAACGUCUGUCUAUAUUCCAGGAUCAGGAAUGGUUGAAGGAAGGGGCGCAACUUCAAGUAGAGGACCCAGUCACUGUGGCUGUCAAAGGACAACCAUAUCUAAAAGGAAUCAUCAAGUACAAGGGCGAGCUACCGGGGGUGAAAGGAAUUCAGUUUGGGAUUGAAUUAUUAGGGGAGAGCAAAGGCAAAGGAACCUGUGAUGGUGUGUUCAGAAAAAAGCGAUUCUUCACUUGUGAACAGAACUGUGGGAUUUUCGCUGCUAUACACAAAGUGCGUCGAGACCAGGAUGCUCCGUAUCAGCGUCGGUAUAUAGACCGAUCAAUCCCAAUUCAUGAUGACUCACCCAUGUAUCGAGAGGAAAGAGAAAUGAUAGAAAACUCCAAUCUUAAGGAGAAGGAUCGUAUUGUCUGGAUUAGUGAUAAUGGUCCAGAGUUUGGGGAGGUGAAGUGGGUUGGGAUCCUCCCUGAUAGCAACAGGAGGGAUAUAACAGUUGGAGUAGAAUUCGACAACCCUGUUGGAUCUGGUACAGGGAAAUAUAAAAAUCACAGACUGUUCUAUGCUAAAGCUCAGCAUGCAUCAUUAGUACCUAUCAUGGGUUUAAUGAAAGCGGAGGAAUACAUGCAAAUGAACCAGGCUUCAGGGUCCUCCAGUUCUUAUUACCCACAUCAGCCAGAGUAUGGUUUUCUGCAGGAAUCGGAACAAAUCAACUCCCCACGACCAUCACAGUCUCGGACUGGUCAACAGAGUACAGUGUCAGGAUACAACUCAGCAUGGACUGGUCACCAGAAUACAUCAGCAGGAUACAGUCAAGUCCAAAGAGAGGUUUUGUCACAGCCUGUACAGAGCAAAGAGAGGGGAAGUUACUCCAGCAAUGCCUCUACUCCAUCCUAUCAACAGGUGCUCUCAAAAGAUCAACUCCAGGUACAUCUUCCCCCGGCACCCCUAAAGGAAAAGUUACCCCCCUCUCCACAGGACUCAGGUCUUCCUGUCAGGCAGAAGAAGGAGGAUAAGGCUGCUGAUUUGGGAGGGCCCAAUCCAUUGUAUGAAUACACCAAGGCACAAGAUCAACAAAGUGAAAUGAAGUCUGAGUCAUUAGAACAACCAAACAGUCGGCGCAGUAACCCAAGCUCUCGAUCAUUGCUUCCAGCUGAUCCUGACCUUGAAGUGGGGUCAAUGGUGGAGGUCAUGUCAAACCCUCCUCUGUAUGGGGUCAUUCGAUGGAUGGGAUAUCUUCCUGACCAGAAAGAACCUGUUAAACCUAUAGCAGGACUGGAAAUGGAAGAGGAAAUAUCAGCAGGAACAGAUGGAAGUUUUGGAAAGCAUCGAUUCUUUUCAUGUCCCCCAAAGAAAGCCUUUUUUGUACCUCUAUAUAAAUGUCGCAAGGACAAACGUUUUGUAGACAGUGUUCGUCGUAAUAGUGGAGUUUCAAAUAAUUUUGGUAGCAUGGAGACGCCAGACGUCAUGGGAAAUAUAUCUCCACCAGAUUCUUUGGAUAUUAAACAAAUAGAACUUGAUGUGUGUGGCAAACAGAAAGGCAUUCAGGGUCACCAUAACUCUUGUUACUUAGACGCUACACUACUUGCUAUGUUUUAUUUUACUACAGUAUUUGAUGGAAUUUUGUAUAGACCUAAACGCAGUGAUGACUUAUAUGAAUAUGAUGAAGUAAAACAAGUGAUAAAAGAGGGCAUUGUUAAUCCACUAAGGAAACAUAAUUAUGUACGUGCUGAUAAAGUAAUGAAAUUACGUCAUUUACUUGAUAAAUUAGGAAAUAUUCCUGGCAUGAUGAGUGAAGAAAAAGAUCCAGAGGAGUUUCUAAAUUUACUUUUGAACCAGAUAACAAAAGCAGAUCCUUUUUUACAUAUAAGAUCAGAUAAUGGGGCUGGUAGCCAGCAUUCAUUUCUGUAUCAGCUGAUUAUGGAGAAGGAUGAGAGAUUAGUGCUUCCUACAACUCAGCAACUAUUUGAAUUAUCCUUCCUUCAGAUGAAAGUGAAACUAGAGGAGAGACCUCCAUGUUUGAUUCUCCAGAUGCCUCGAUUUGGCAAAGAUUACAAGAUGUACCGUCGUAUUGUUCCUAGCUUAGAGUUGGACAUUACUGAUGUCUUACAGAAUGCUCCGAGGGAGUGUAUAAUAUGUGGUGAUCUGGCUGCAUUUGAAUGUAAGGAGUGUUACAACCAGCAUGGAGCAGGAUUGAACACAAUUGCUUUCUGUGAAGGCUGUAAAGAAAUGAGUCACAAACACAAGGUUAGGAUAAACCAUAAAUGUCAGGCCAUUACUGUACCCCAGGACUAUAAAGUCAUUCAUAGUGAACAGAAGAAUAUUCAGAAGCAGAAUCCCAGCAUACCUCGUGAGAAAAUGGAACUGUUUGCCGUUGUCUGUAUCCAGACCAGUCAUUAUGUGUCCUUUGUUAAGUGUGGGAAAGGCAAGGAUGCCCAGUGGAUCUUCUUUGAUUCAAUGGCUGAUCGAAUGGGUGAACAGAGUGGAUACAAUAUCCCAGAGGUCAAACUCUGUCCUGAUUUAUCAAAAUGGCUGUCGGACGACUACCAGGAAGAGAUCAUGCGUAGAGGUGACGAUAAAGAACUCCCAGAACAUAUUCGUCGUCUGCUUUGUGAUGCUUACAUGUGCAUGUAUCAGAGUCCUGAAGUCUCCAUGGUCCGAUGAAAGAGCAUUGUGAUAUAAAAACAGAGUGCUGUGCUGCAUCAAUAUUCUGUUCCCAGGCUUGCAGGGUUUGCUAGUAAUGCAUUAUAGACAUGUUUGGUGUCCAUGGUGUUCAAGUAUGCAGCAUUAUCAACUCAGCUUCUGUGAAGAAAAUGCACCCAUCAUCUUAUUUAUUGCAAACCAUUCUUGAAUAUUUGUGGGAAAAGGAAAAUGGUUUAUUAUGUUUGUGACAAAUUCUCCACCAAUUUGUUUUCCAAUCUCAUCAAAGCUUUAUAAUUAGUAACUAAGACAUUGUGUGUUUCCAGAACACCUGGCUGAUAAAGAAUUCUUUUAUACAGUGUGUACUUUUUUUGUUGCCAGAGAAAGAUCUGUAAAUCUGAAGUUCAGCAGAUAGUAGGUUUGACAGUGUUUAGAUACUAUCAAUAAAAGGUGCAGCUUUUUGUCAA